UGCAUGACAUGAUGACGAUGCCUGGUAAAAGGUACUGCUCUUCCACACGCACUCCACCAAUAUGCGGAGAUUCUUCAAGGGGAAAAGUUUUCUAUCGGCCAGAUUUACGCCCACCGACGCUAGCUCUUUCCGAUUGGUCUCGGAGAGGGAGAGAGAAUCCGCUUGUGCUCGGCUUUCUCACAUGACUGGCUAUAGCACGAUAUGGGUGGGUCUUUCUCCCCAGUUUGGUCUAGCGUACGGUCAACUUUAAACUGGCCGAAAUGCCCCCACGAGGCCUGCAGCAACUGGGCUCACAUAAAUUCCCGUCUAUACCUCCUUGACGACCUCACUCCUGCCCUCCCUUUAGAUUUUCCAGUCCUUUCCACUUUUCUUCAAUCUGCCCCGUUGUGCGCAUAAAUUGGUCCUAUACCCAUUUACCCACCGAGCGACCAACCACCGCACCCAAUGACCUCAACAACCACCAACGCAUACACCCUCCGCCACCACCGGCCAGGAGACAUGGGCUGGAUUGUCCACCGCCACGGCGCGCUCUACGCACAAGAAUACGGCUGGAGCGAGCGCUUCGAGGCCCUCGUCGCCGGCGUCACCGUCGACUUCAUCGAGAACUACGACCCCGCCCGCGAACGCUGCUGGAUCGCCGACGACCGCGAUGGCCAAUUCCUGGGCUGCGUCAUGCUGGUCAAUGACCGAAACUCCGAUGACAAUGCCGCCAAGCUCCGCUUAUUGCUGGUGGAACCCAGCGCACGGGGUCUGGGCCUCGGACGAGCUUUGAUUCAUCAAUGCACGGAGUUUGCGCGCGAGGCCGGGUAUGCGCGCAUUCGGCUGUGGACGAAUAGUGUUCUUGUGUCGGCGCGGCGGCUGUAUGAGAAGGAGGGGUAUCGGCUUGUUUCGACGGAGGAGGAUGAGAAGUUGGGGUUCAAGUCGACGGGGGAAUUUUGGGAGUUGGUGCUUUAGGUUUCUUGGGUGGGAUAUAGAUUGCGUUGGCAUUGCGGCAUUUAACUAUACUUUUUCCUCUACUGCUUUUAGCCAUAAUUGAAGCGUGAUUCUGAG